AUGCGUGUUUUGUCCAACCGAGACUUGAGGGUGGGGUGGAUCUUUUGGAUGGGUAUAUGCUCGUCCGAGAGGGCAAGAGAAGACAUUUUGUAUGAUUCUCGUAGAGCCCAAAUAGGACUCAGCGAUCCUGUACCUUAUUCCCUUCGUCCUAUGAAUCACAUUCCACCCCAUCAGGGACUCCAUGCGGCAACGCGACUUUGCAGCCGGCGGAGCCUUAACGGAAGCACGAUUAUUCUACCUCGUCGAGAGUAUAGCCAGCGCGCACGGCGAGAUUUUAGCCCACUUGACCCGCGUCUAGAAGACCUAGGGAAAGUCAUCAAAGACGAAUAUGCGGUGAUACGAGAGCACUACGAUACACCCAAGCACCCCAUCGUGCUCGCGCAUGGGCUGCUAGGAUUUGAUGAGCUUCGUCUUGGAGGCGCUUAUCUACCUGGCAUUCAGUAUUGGCGCGGGAUUAAAGAAGCAUUGUCAAUGAAAGGCGUCCAGGUUAUUACGGCCACAGUCCCACCUUCAGCAUCGAUAGAGAUGCGGGCGGAGGAGCUUGCGAAAGACAUUGCUGACGGGGCUCGGGGAGAGCACGUAAAUAUCAUAGCACAUAGCAUGAGAGCUUACUGCCUGGCUACAGACGAUCGCCUCGCACAGGUCUAUUAUGCGCUCGACCAACUGAAGGUCGAAACGGGUGCAUUUGGCCAAUUAACGCGUGAUUACAUGGAGAAUACCUUCAAUCCUAACACCCCUGAUGUUGAUGAUGUCCGGUCUGAUAUCUGUCUGACAAUCGUCGAAUCAGGUUCAAUGCGAUUGCUUUUUAUCUGGCGAUUGCAGAUAUGCUGGCGAAAGAAGGGCUAUGAUGAGGAUCGCAGUAAACCAACAUUUCAUAGUUGGAAAGAGUUCAAAGAGCCUGAUCUUGAUGCUUGGAACAUCACCUCCACCAAAGAUAUCCCGUAA